AUGGCAUUGCAAGCAAAGGCCUGGCCCGAGCUCUACGCAAAUGUGUCCUUGAUGCAAGUUCUGGGAGCCUGCACGCAACGCGCAAUGUCGCUUCUUUACGUCAUCAGCGACUACACCUGGCUGGCUGGCUUGGUCGGAGGUUUGAGCGCAGCUGGCGUGGCACUGGUAGCCUCGGCGGCCAUUGGACUUUGGAACAAGGCAUGCGGCUCCGCAGAUGCCAAGGUCUUGGCUGGGUUUUGCUGUAUCGUCUUGCUGUACUACUCGGCCGAACUCAUCGCGCCAGUUGAACGCAACGGUCGUAGUUGGAUGUGGAUCUUCCCGACCUUGAUCAUUUUUGGUGGAGCUUUCACAUACCUUUGGCGUGGUCCGCUGCCUGAGUCAAAGACCUCUGCAGUUCCCACCGCAGAGGAGAGUGGGGUCGAGCAUUUUGGCCUUGGACCCAUCGGUGGUGCGAUGCUGAUUGUACUUGUCGCACUUGUCUUCGUGGCAAGCUAUGUCCUGCCAUCGGUACUCGAGGAGUCCGAUUUCAAGCGUUUGUUUUGGUUUUCUGCCUUUUGGCGGACAGGGACCGUGAUCUGGGGCGGUGGCCAGGUGGUUCUUCCAUUGCUUGAGAACGAGAUGGUACCCACGGGCUGGGUGGACCAGUCUGUGUUCUUUGCUGGGCUCGCCCUGGCCCAAGCAAUGCCUGGGCCUCUGUUUAAUUUUGCUGCCUUCCUUGGAGCAGCCGCUGGCUACAAGGCCUACAUGACGGUGGGCGAGGGCGUUUUGGGGGCUGUGCUUUGCUGGUUGGGUCUCUUUGGGCCUGGAGUCAUGCUCAUUUUCGGAAUCCUUCCAUUCUGGGGCCAAUUCCGCUCCAACGACACCUACAAACGCGCACUUCCCGGCCUCAAUGCAGCCGCUGUGGGCCUUCUCUGCGCCGCCUUGGUACAGAUGGGAGCCGGAGUACGAGAGAACAACACAAAGCCGAACGGCCCUAUUCCGAAGGAGGCAUCUACCUGCAUCGGCCUGAUUGCUUUCUGGGGAGUGCAUUGGCUCAAAUUUGCUGACCGGCCAAUGCUCACUCAAGUCCAAGCCCCUAUCGUCGUUGUCGUGUGUGGCAUCCUGGGCCUUGUGUCGGGAGUGCUCGAAAUGCGAUGA